AAAUUAAUACGAAUGAGUAAAUUCACUUAACGCAUUUAUUACGUCAUUAUCUUUUCUCACCUUUUAGUCUCACAAUGCAUUACAACUCUCCAACCAUAAUAUUUACUCUCCUUCUCUGUUUAACACUCACCAUCGUUGAGUGUAAAUUAACAUGCUUAAGUGAUGAUGGAAAGCCCGUUGACAUGUUUAUCCUGUAUAAACUCCCUGAGAUUCACUGGCAAGAAGUUCCAUCUUUAGUAAAAGAAGGCUAUGGUUACACUUACCUUGAUUCAAAUAACAAGAAAUUCAGGCUGUCUGACAAUUCCAUCGCAAGUCCAAAGAGUGCAGCCGGCAGAACAUUGAAUCAAGUGUAUCAAAAAUACACAAACGAAAAGAAGUACCAUUUAAAAGAUAGUGUGUACGUCGACGGUCCAACUGAUCAAGCACAUGUGUUUUAUAAUGACGCAGAUCCUCAAGGAACUGAGCACUUCAGUUUUGCUCACAGCAAAGGAGCGCUAGCAUUUAACGAAGAAUCUGGUUUUUGGUUGAUCAACAGUGUACCAAAAUAUCCACCUGCUGCUUCAGAAGGUUAUGAUUAUCCUCAUAGUGGUUGUAUGUAUGGACAGAUGUUUAUGUGUGUCACAUUCAAUUCUUCUGCAUUUAAUGACAUUGGAUUGCAACUUCGUUAUAAUCAUCCUCAUGUACAUGAUGCUAAUUUGCCGAAAGGUUGGAUUGACCAGUUUCCUAACAUGGAUAAGUUGCUUCAAGGUGACGUCAUCCACGCACCACCUGCACAUCGCGCCCUGCUUCGAUCGUUAGCCGGUGUUGAUUACCAGCAUUUCGCCAAGUCGAAACACUUUGGUAAAGAUCUUUACCAUGAGUUUGUUGCACCUGGUUUGCAGACAGACAUUCUCACUGAGACAUGGCAACAUGGUGCAGAACAUAACAUUGGACCUUCUUGUAAUGGAGAUUUCACAGUUGAAGAUGUAUCUGAUAUCAGUAUUGAUGUGCCCGAUCAACACUUCUCAUUCUGGAACAACAACGAUCAUUCUAAGUUUGUUGUAGCGAAAUCAUCAAGCAAACCUUUUGUGUGUGUGGGUGAUAUCAAUCGUCAGACAACCCAGUUCGAACGCGGUGGUGGUACGCUGUGCACCAAAGAUAUUGACCUGUGGAAUGUUUAUAAUGAUUUGGUUGCUAAUAUGACGUCAUGCGAUGAUGGCGUCACUCAUUUGAAUGCUAGAUUGGACGAACUUUAAAGUACUUUUUGUAUAAAAAUUAUUUUUAUGAGAAUCAUCGAAACUCCGUUUCCGAAGAACAUUUUUUUCGAGAAAUUUAAAUAAUCCAAAUUUUUGACUUUCUCGUUGUGUUGUACAUUGAUUUAUUGUUUAUUCGAUACAAAAUAACCUUUUCCUCAUUUCUUCAACUAUAUUUCACGUGUCAUAGCAUUUCGAACGUUUAAAAUUAAAAUAUUAGUCAAUUUUUACUCAAUACUUAAACUAAAAGGUACGAUUCUUAUAAAAAAAACUGUGUACUUGUAUAAUUUAGUAUUAUUCAUUAUUUACCUAUUUUUAUUUAUAUAUUUAUAACUGCAAUUUUGUAUAAAUAUUUUUGUAUCGCAUUAUUUAGCACUAUUUUAUUUUUAAUAGCGGAUUUUCACAAAGCGAAUUGUGAACGGCGAACGGCGAAUUAGCUACGAACAGUUAUUUUAAAUUCUUCCCAAUAAUGACUUUCUGUAAGAAUAAACACUGAAUAUUGCA